AUGUGCAGUGAUGAGCAGAUGGAGUCAGGCGUCUCCGUCUUGAGGACCAAUGGCUUUCGCGUCGGCCUGAGGCGCGUAAGCAUACCUCUCCAGGUCCCUGCUGCCCACCUCAGCCGGACGUUGAUAUCGACAAAUUCCGAACCAAGAGCAUCUCCGCGAAUCACCAGAGUACCUACGGGCCACCAAGAUGCGGCUCUGCGAAACCAGCGACUGAAGCGGCCCAUCGCGCCUCACCUUGAAAUUUACAAGCUUGACCAAACGUACCUGGGAACAUCUGCCUGGAUGCGCAUCACCGGCUGCACCCUGUCUGGCGUGGCGUAUUUAUAUUUUCUGGGCUAUCUCGUGGCGCCAGUCUUUGGCGGAAACUGGGACAGCGCAGCGCUCGUCUCUGGCUUCCACGCCUUGCCGACAUGGACGCAAACGGGCUUCAAGAUGCUCAUGGUGUUCCCAUUUGCCUUUCAUUCCAUCAAUGGGGUCAAACAGCUUGCGUACGAUGCAGGAUUUCUAUACUCGCGCGCGACCAUUAUAAGGGCAGACCGUUUCUUGUGGAUCAGCAGCUUCCUGACAUCUCUUGCUAUGGUGAAUUGGCUCUAA